AUGAGUCAAGCACAAAUGGCUGCACUGUCCCGAGGUCAAGACGCCGCAACGCCUGCUGUCACCACCGCUGCUGCUGCUGCUGCUGCUGCUGCUGCUGCUGCUGCUGCUGCUACGCCUUCUGACUCCACGGCUGCUGCCACAGUCACCGCUGCUGCUGCUUCCACCGGCAGUGCUGCUGUUACCACAGCUGCUGGCUGCAGUGCUGUCGGGGAAACCCUCUCGCCUGACGCUGUUCUUGCAACCCCUCCAUCUUCCGCCGCUGCUGAUUCCUUCUCCCAUGCUUCCACUGCCUCCACCGCCCUCAGUGAAACCGCACAACCCCUCCCACACACCCCUCUCCCUACACCUGUUACUCUCUCUUCUCCCACUGUUGCCGCCCCUGCCACUCCAGCCGCCCCUGCCACUCCUGCUCCUGCCACUCCUGCUCCUGCCACUCCUGCUCCUGCCACUCCUGCUCCUGCCACUCCUGCUCCUGCCACUCCUGCUCCUGCCACUCCUGCCACAGCCACUGUCAAUGCACGCCAUCCUGUUACUGAACCUAGUGCACUCUCCCGUUCCCUUCCCCUUCCCCUUCCCCUUCCCCUUCCCCUUCCCCUUCCCCUUCCCCUUCCCCCUCCCCCUGGCCCAUGGGCAGUUGGAGGCGGUGCAGGGAGUGGGGGAGAGCAAGGUGGUGCGCCUUGUGCCCACAGACAGGACCGAGGACAUGGUGGCAGGUGGGGAGAGCAGGGGGAGAAGCAGGGGGAAAGGGGGUUAUGGGGGGGAAGAGGGUAUGGGGAAGAGAGGAAGAAAUGGGCGCCUUUGCUGGAGAGGCAUGAGGGAGAGCGUUAUUACCAUCACUACUUUUUUUCUUUUCAAUCAAUCAUUCACCUGCCAAAUGCAUAG